GGACAGUGAACGCAUCCGGACGCUGCUGAACCCGUGUCGAACAACUACCGAGCCGGUCGGUUUAUCCGUGACCGUCGUACUGCCAACGACAUUUCAUCUCUUUUCGAACAACACCGCCCGCCGUCAUAACUUGUGGUAGUUUUAAACGGGUCCGGGUCGUGCUCUGCCAUGAUGCACGGGUCAGCUAGCUAACGUUAGCCGGAGAGCUAGCGUUCAUCACCCGCUGUUCGGGGAAAGCGGACUCCGAGCUCCUUGUUUCAGCCGUGUGAGUGCGAGUAAACCGGAUUAAACAUGGAGAAAAGCAGCCGUUUUGUAGAAUUGUUCCACUACCUGCAAGACCCCCUCCUUGUCGCCCGCUUUCAGCACAUUUGUGGGGUACGGGGGACGUUUCCGAGAACCGUCUCCGCUGGUAGUACCGCCGCCAGCUGCAGCGAGGAAGCGGACCGGACUCACGCGCACAACAACGGGGCUUGCCACCAUCGCAUUGCCGCGAAAAAUGAGAGUGAAAACUUUGCCAUCAUCGGAUCUGGCGAUAAAGUACAACCGACAGCCGUGGGUGUUCGGAAGAGGAUCACCGAGUCUAACGUUAUGAAAAACCACGAAGAGGAAAGUGAAAACCCUCCUCAGAACGGGACGGUGGUGUCCGCAGCGACCGCCGGCGGAGAAACGGUUGGUGUGGGCAGUAACGGUCGCAGCCUCGCGGGGUCCACCGCCGCGGAUCAGGGCGAGCGUGGGGCAACCGAGCCAGAGGAGAGGGAGCAUAAAAGGGUCUGUGAAGUCCCGGGUCUGCCUGGGAGCAGUACCCUGAAACCCCUUCGCAAAAACUCUCUAACGGGCGAUGCCGGGCAGGAGUUCCUGAUCGAGAACCGGUUCUUGUUCUACCUUUUCACGUUUGGAACCGAGCUGGGAAAUGAGCUUUUCUAUAUCACCUUCUUCCCCUUCAUCAUGUGGAACGUGGACGCCUUUGUGAGCAGGAGGCUGAUCAUGGUGUGGGUCUGGGUCAUGUACCUGGGUCAGUGCACCAAGGACGUGAUCGGGUGGUCUCGGCCCGCCUCGCCACCUGUGGUGAAGGUGGAGAUGUUCUACAACUCGGAGUACAGCAUGCCGUCCACACAUGCCAUGUCGGGCACGGCCAUCCCCUUCUCCCUGUUCUUCAUGACCUACGGCCGCUGGGAGUACCCGUUCUCACUGGGCUUCAGCUUGGCUCUCUGCUGGUGUCUGGUGGUCUGUGUUAGCCGAAUCUACAUGGGAAUGCACUCAGUCUUGGACGUCAUUGCUGGCGUCCUGUACAGCGUCCUGAUCCUGCUCUUCUUCCUGCCGGCGUUGGACCUGAUCGACGGCUUCAACCUGACCUGCCGUUACGCCCCGCUCAUCAUCGUCUCCUUCCACCUGGGCCUGGGCCUCUUCUCCUUCAACCUGGACACCUGGAGCACCUCGCGGGGCGACACCGCUCAGAUCCUGGGCACGGGCGCCGGCGUGGCCCUGGCCUCUCACGUCAACCACCUCCUGGGUCUGAUGCCCGACCCGACGCCGGAGCAGCUCCCCUUCGCCGUGCCCGCCCUCAGCGCCGGCCUGGUGGGCGUGGCCGCAGUGCGGUUCUUCCUGGGCACGCUGGUGCUGAUAGCCACGCGGGCGCUGAUGAAGGCCGUCACCAUCCCGCUGGUGUGCUGGGCGUUCGGCGUGCCCGGCGCCGAUGUGAGGAAGGCCAGGCAGCACAUGGAGGUAGAGCUGCCCUACCGCUACAUCGUUUACGGGACGGUGGGCUUCAGCGUGCUCUUCCUGGUCCCGCUGCUCUUUAGCUACAUGCAGCUCUCCUGAUUGGAUGAUAGUUCACUGCCAGGCCAACACUGACCUUCAGGUAACACCUAAUGCUGUAAUCAGAUCAGAUCCCCCAUCCAGAACCUUUCCUGAGUUCCCUGGUUUGGGAUCACGGUGAAUUAAAGCCUAAAAACUGAUCUGGAUGCUGACACAGUUCCUGCCAUCGUCGGCUCAGGUUGGGUUCAGGAGGAUUCGUCCUCUCUGUCCUGAAGGCCGGAAAUCUGCUGAAUUUGGCCUCGACUGUUCCGAGUUCUGCCUGUGGCAAGCGAUAUCUCUCAGUUCUGUUUGUUAAAUUUCUGUCAAAUCAAAUCAGAUGGCUCCUCCUGAUCCGAGGACAGACGGGGCCGAACAUCCUCCUCUUCCUCCUCCACCGGCUUGAUUCAUGUCAGAGCGCAACAAGCUUUUCAGCAGUGGCCUCUGAAAGACGACAAACCACUGAUGACUGCUACUGAUGAAUUCCCUGUGUCUUAAUAUUUACAUUUUUAUUAACGCUAUAAUUAUUACAAGAGUUCAGACAAAGAACCACACAAGUCCGCUUUUAGAAGAGGGAAACUCUUCCAGCGUCUAAAGGCUCUAAAUGUUUCGUGCACCUGAAGGACUUUCUGUCCAAACCUGAAGCUGUUGAUUUACAAUGAUAUCAAACAGGGAAAGAGCAAAUUCUCACAUUGAGAGAGUGUUUGAGUGGAAGAUGGUGAUUAAUCAAUGAUCAAAUACAGUUUUCAUUGAUUAAUCUUUGUGUGGUUCUUUGUCAGGAAGCUUCUUUCUGACCUCUCAAAGCAAUAAGAUCCUUCUGAUUUUCAGUUUUUUUUAAUGGUGGAAGGUUUCCUUUCACCUUUGACCCCCUGUGGAGUGGACACACCUGUGUUGUUGAACCUUGUCUGACUGAAACAGGCCUGUUCCUGAAGGGCUCUUCUUGCUCCGUCUGCUCUGUUUACUCUUUCUGUCUUUAUUCAGACCAAUGAUCGUCGGCUCUCUGCUGAGAUCGAUUGCUUUUCCUGUGAAGAAGCAUCGGCGGCACAUACUGUACGAUAGAGGAGGAAGGAUGGAAGCGGCACUUUUCGGGAAACGGACAGAGAGGUUUUUUAAUAGUUUUCAGAUGACGGGAAUUUUAAACACUGCAAACCGACUUCCUGUUAGAGAUGCUCUCGACGGCACGCAACCACUUCCUGCGCAGAGGAGAGUUUCAUAGUGGGAGGAGACAGGAGGAGAUAAGGCUGCUCUCAGGAGGGAGGACGCGUGGAGCGCCGACGGUCGAGAGGCCGGGGGGAGGUCAGGGGUGAGGGGAGGACGCAGCUCAGGAGGAUCAGAUCUGAACAGAGUCACAGGGACCAGAUGUGUAAAUGAUGCAUCCAUACAGAAACACUGUGUCCACCUGACAGAGUCUUCAGACCAGCAGGUCUAACAGUCUUCAGACCAGCAGGUAAACGUUUCAGACCAGCAGGUAAACGUUUCAGAGCAGGGUCAAGGUGACUAAAACGAGAGACCGACUCAAACAUUGUUGGUUCAGGUGAGACUUUGUCGACGCUGUUACGAUCACACGUGAUAAAUUAAUGAUAUGUGCGUUAAACAUCCACAGCUGCUGUGGCCUCACCUCUGUUAGCUGGCCUCACCUCUGUUAGCUGCUGUAGCCUCACCUCUGCUAGCUGGCCUCACCUCUGUUAGCUGUUAGCUGCUGUGGCCUCACCUCUGUUAGCUGUUAGCUGCUGUAGCCUCACCUCUGUUAGCUGCUGUAGCCUCACCUCUGCUAGCUAGCCUCACCUCUGUUAGCUGUUAGCUGCUGUGGCCUCACCUCUGUUAGCUGCUGUAGCCUCACCUCUGUUAGCUGCUGUGGCCUCACCUCUGUUAGCUGCUGUAGCCUCACCUGUUAGCUGCUGUGGCCUCACCCCUGUUAGCUGCUGUAGCCUCACCUGUUAGCUGCUGUGGCCUCACCUCUGUUAGCUGCUGUGGCCUCACCUCUGUUAGCUGCUGUAGCCUCACCUCUGUUAGCUGCUCUGGUCCGUCAAAGACGGGCCCGGGUAUCUGAAAACAUGUGAUUAACGGCGUGUUUACAGCCAUCACACAAAGCUGCAGGGUGGCCUGUAUACAUCUCAGAAAAAAGAACAUGUAAUGUUUUAUUUAUGCAUCUGUACCCAGAGGUUUUAAAUAUUGUAAGAAGAAAUGGAACAACAGUGGAUCUGCUGCUAAUUUUAAACCAGUUUUCACUGAUUUUCUGCUGAUAAAUCUGAUUUAGUUGAUCCAAGGCAGUAAUGUUCAGAAGAAGAGUUUGCUUUGAUAAUUUUGUGUUCUGAAAUACAGAAAUUUAGAAAUUAAAUACAUUUUAUUUAAAUCAGACGUGAUGCUCCAUCACAGAACAAACCUUUGUGUAAUUUGUAAAGUUUAAUGAGCAGAGAAACAGAAUCUGUGGUGAGAACGCUGAACUGUUCAGCCUCAGCAAACAGCCUGACUCAGACUGAAGCAGCAGCUGGAGAGAAAAACCCGAGUCCAGCUUUCUGUCCCCCUGUCGUCCUCCCACUGCCGCUGAAUAAACCCCCGAACCUUCAGCGUAGACUCCCUGAUGGACGCCUGAAGGCCCGGACCGAUGUGACGAGGAGUUUCCUCUUCCUCUGUGCCUGCUUUAUGUGUUAUGAAGGAGGGAUCCAGGUCCUGUCCGGUUCCGUUCUGCGUGUGGUUCCUAACAUGUCGAGCUCGAACAGGACGUCCGGUUUGGGCUCAGGGACCAUGUGACUGUGCUCAUUGUGUUGUGUGUUACAGAGAAGCAGCUGACUGAUUCUGGAUGCUUGAGUCUUUCCUCCGCUGCUUCUGAACUGAAACACAAGACGGUGGUACACCAGGUGUUAGACAGGUGUAGCUGAAGGUCACUGAGCAGCUCUAAAGGGCACCUGCACCAGAAUAUUAUAGAGAAACAUGAGAGCCUCAAACGUUUCUCUGAGUCUCCUCGAGGCAAUAAUGACUGAACAUCUGGACUGAAGCCUGAUGUUCAUUCACACAUUCCUCUUCCUGUUCAUCCACUGCAGCGGUCGUGGGUGAAGUGCCUUGCUCGAGGGCACUUUUCAGAGGGCGGCCGGCGGAGCGUCGGGUGCUGCUGCCCUCUGCUGGUGACCUUUCACCUCCGAACGAAGACCAACAAAGUCCAGAGAAAAACAAACGUUUGUGGCGUCUUAACUCUGCUCAGCGAGGGCAGCAGGACGCCACAGCUCGCCUGCUGUGUGGCGAUGUAAACGGUACUGUCCUAAUAUGAAUGCACUGUUCCCAGAAUGCACUGCUUCCCCCUGAGCCGGGCAGAACAGGUGAGGCUGGUCCUAAAUGCGGGUAAAAUCUCAUUUUAUUUUCACGAAAAAGUUCCAACCGAUGUAGGUUUUUACUGGAUUUAGUUUUUCAUAUCGAAAUUACGGCUCCAGCUAACGAUUAUUCUUUAGGUUAUUUUCUCAAUUAAUGGAUCUGUUUGAUUCAUGGAUUUAAGUGAUUUGUAGAGAGAAGAAGAGCAGCAAAUCCUCACAUACGAGAAGCUUAAACCAGCAAAUAUUUGUUGUUUUUCUGUCAUGAAUGACUGAAACGAGGCUUCGAGGUCUCAGUCGUCAGUGGAGGACAGUAAUUGACAGCUGGAAGGUUUUAUCAUCAAAGCAUGUGAUCAUCUUAAUAAACGAUGAUUUUUUAUGCUUUUUGCUCAUAAUAAUUAAAUAUUUCUACUGAAGUAACAAAUGAACGCAGGACUUUUACUUGUAAUGGAGUAUUUGUACGAUUGAUUUUCUACUGAUUGAUUAUUGCUGCAGUUUGAACUGAUCUGGACCGCAGACUGUUUAAACAGUCAAACCUCCUCACGUUUAUCAAAUGAACGGGGUGGAGCAGCUUCACCUGAGCACUCAUCAGGCUCUGAUUGGUCAGUUUCAGUGAGGAUGAGGAGUUUCUGCCCGGCUCGUUUCACUUCCUGUGGCCUCGCCUCGCGCACUAGCAUCUUUCUGUUUGUUGUAGCGUUUUUGUCCUGAUGUGGUUUCCUCUCUGUGCCAGUGAAACAGGAAGUCAGUCUCUGUUGACUUCCUGUUAAUCCUGUUUUGGGAUUAGUUUUGUAGUCUCACGUGUCUCUACUGCUCCAGUGUACUUGUACUUUGAUGAAAUACUUUUCUAUCUGAAUGGAGCAGCUUGAAAACCAAGCAGGGUCAUUUCCAGGUCCUGGAAUGUUUCGGUUUAAAAAUCUGCAGUUUCAGCGUCUGCAGGUUUUCUUGGAGUCACGACACCAAAACCGUCUCACGUCCUGAGAUACACGACGAGUGACCCCCGACACCGAGCAGCUCUCAGUGUGUCGGCUGUGGUAUUCACAUCCCGGCAGGAGGAAGUUUCCUCUGCAGCCACCGAGGAAAUGAGAUGAGGAGCGAGAUUAAACCCAACUUCCUGAUGCUGAUGAUAACAAAUGUGCUUCCAUUGUGAGGCUGCAGAAGACCCCCCCCCCCAUAUUCAAUGCACCACCAGCCUGUUAGUGUGUGUGUGUGUGUGUGUGUGUGUUGGAUUAGUAGAACUGAAGCAGAGCCGGUUCAGGACUUCAGGUGGAUCUGAGUCUGUUUGUGUACUUUAUUUUGGGGGAAGGUCACAAAAUAUAAUUUAAUACAAUAAACCGAAGAAAGUAAAUUUGACAAAUAACUCAAUGAUUCAAAAACAAAUAAAUAAUGUAGAAUUACAAAAUGUUUGGUAAUCCUGCAUUUUAAUUAAAGAAAUGUUGUUAUUAAGUAGAAUCUCCACAUUUUUUAAAAAUUCAAAAUUGUAUCUCAGAAUCUAAAAUGUUGUUAAUUUGGUAGAAUGAGCACAUUUGUUAAAAUCCAGUUUGUUCUUGGCCAAUUUUAUUUUAAUUUGGUAGAAUCCUAAAAUGUGCUAUAAUCCUGCGAACACACUCCUGAACUAUGUUGUUAUCUGUCAUUCAUGUGUUUGUGUGAUGAGUCCAGAUGUGCUGACGCUGAUCAGAAAACAGCAGAUGUCAUUGAUUGAUCUCCAAACGUUGUUUUUAUCCCUAAUUUGUCAUUUUAAAGCCAAACGUCUCGACUCACUGAAGAAUCGGAGAGUUUGUCUGAAGGCUGAGGGCCAGCUCUGCUGUCAGCAACAUUUCUGUUUCAUGUGUUUUCUUUCUUCUUGAAAUUCUGGAUCUUUUUUCUAUAAAAGACUUUUCUAUAAAAACGAUUUUUGACCAAAUCUGAAGUGGUUGAGCGGUGUAGCUUGUAGCUCAGUUAGCUGAUUCUUUUCCCUUUAGUGCCUUUAUCGUUCAGGAAGAUGAAGAUUUUAUCCUUCGUGUUUGUAUUUGUCCGUCUGUCCUGUUGCCUUUUGCACUUUGUAGCUGCAUCGAUGUUUCCCUGCAGGGAGGGAAAAAGGAAAAAUGUCCUGGUUGAUGAUUGAGUUUAGUUUCCCGCACUGUUGCUUCUUUAUUACUGCCGUCAGCGAGUGAGCAAGACCUCAUCAAUGUAUGUCAGCGUUCACUGAAUUCAACGUGAUUUCACUUUAACCUUCGGUCAUAUUUGCAUGAAAAAAUGUGGAAAUGAGUCACUGAGUUUUUUCUGUUUGUCCAAAACCAAAUAAAUCUGACUCGGGUUUCAUUCCAAACCUGAUCCAGUUCAGGUAAAUGAGUUCUCAGCUGACGAGUCAUUUAAAACACAGAGCUUCAUGUUUUUCAUCACUAUCACUAAUCUUUCUGUCAUAUUAUCAUCUUUUCAUUUCCAGUCUGAAACCAGUUUGACUCCUGAUCUGACAGAUGUGAACGUGACGCAGUUUCACACUAUUUUUAAUCUGCAGAUUUUAUUGUUGGAUUUGAUCUUUGAUUCAAAAUGAGGAUCAAUUUCUGUCUGAUUGUUUGUGUGAAAUUAACUGAAAUAAAAAUGAUGAAAUAAAAUAAAAUACUGCCUGCUGCUGUUUGAACAGGUGACGUGGUGAACGCUCCGCGAUGUGUUCGCGGUCAUGGAGCGACAGUCAGCGUCAGCAGCUGUGCGCCACAAACCACCAAAUAAUGAAGUCGAUGAGGUAAACGCAGAAUGAAUAGAAUUAAACUGAGCUGCAUUAAUGCACAGAAAUGUUUGCCAGACCUUCUAAUGCUUCUGGGUGGA